GUGGUUUACAGUUUGUCAGGGAGCAGGGAAGAGUAAACCCCUGUCCUUCUGAUGGAAUAUGUCUUAGUUUAAAUAACCACUGGAGACAAACAUACAGCGAACCUUUAACAUGUUGAAGUUACAGCCUUUAGAUUGAUGUGAUCUGAAAGACAUGAUGUUAUCCAUUAACUUUAGCUGUGGAUGUGAACGUAGACAACCAGUGAAGAGAGACGAUUUAAUGCUGAGGUGUGACCUUUCCUGAUGAACAAAAUGGAGUCGUCUGAAGACAGUGCUCAGUUCGUGGACAAGUACAUGUCCCAGCUCAUUCAGAGGGUCACCAUGGUGAUGCCUAUAGCUGAUGAGCUGCUCGCUGAAGGCAUGAUUCAUAAAGAGAUGUACUCCAACAUCAGUGCUGCCAGGACUAAUCAGGACAAAAUGAGGGAGCUCUUUAAAGCCCUCCACUCUGGAGGAAACAAAGUGAAAUCUACCUUUCUCUCCAUACUGAGGGAGAAUGAACCUAAUCUGGUCCAGGAUUUGGAAUGCAGUGGCAAACAAAGAGGUGAACCAGAGAACAAAAUAACAAUAAGCCUAAAGUACAAGGAAUUCAUCAGAGGUGAAUAUGCCACAGUGCAGGAGUACAACUCUCUCCCUGGAGAACAUGUGAAGCUAGAUGAUCGCUACACUGAGCCCCUGAUCAUCCAGAAACACCGUCAGCAGAGAGAGAGAGAGGAGGAGAUCCGCUCCAGAGGACAGAACUUUUAUCAAGUCAUGGACCAGAGGGACAGCGAUACCUACAAGAGUACCAAAGUGGAGCGGCUGUUUGAUCCAGACGAGCACGGAGACAUUCAGAGAACAGUGAUACUGCAGGGCCACUCUGGAACUGGCAAGUCAUUUACCAGUCAGAAGAUCAUGUCUGACUGGGCCUUUGGAAGACUUUACGAAGACCGAUUUGACUUUGUUUUUCACCUGAGGUGCAAAGAACUGAACCAGGCCACUGGGAGAAAAAGUCUGAUGGAUCUGCUUAACUACGAUCAGAGUUCAUCAUCAAUGAUCAAGCAGGUCCUUCACCAGUCUCCUGAGAGGGUUCUCUUCCUGGUAGACGGCUUUGAUGAGCUCAAAUUCUCACUUGAUGUACCUAAAGACUCCCUUCCCAGGGACCCGUGGACACAAUGCUCCCCCGAAGUGACACUGAGUGGCCUGAUAUGGAAACAUAUCUUACCCGAGUCCUUUCUGCUUGUCACCACCAGGUCCACAGCGUUGGACAAACUAAAAGAAGUGGUCAAACAUCCAGUGAGAUACGCUGAGAUAUUGGGCUUUUCUAAAGAGGGGGUGGAGGAAUACAUCAAUAGAUUCUUCAAGAAGAAGCAACACUCACAGCAAGCCUAUGACGCUGUGAGAAAAAAUGAAACACUUUUCACCGCAUGUUUCAUUCCAGUCAUCUGCUGGAUCAUUUGCACAGUUUAUAGGGAGCAGUUUGAUGAAGGCACAGAGAUGAUACAAUCACUGGAGACCACCACCUCCAUCUUUGUUGAAUUUGUUGACACUCUGUUGAAGCACCACUGUCAGGAUUUAGGUCAGUCAGCUCUUACUAUCCUCCAAGGACUAGGCAAGCUGGCAGAACAGGGAAUGGAAGAGCAGCAAGUCUUAUUUGACCAUGAUAGUGUGUCACAGACAGUGUCAGAUCCUUCCAAAGUCCCCUUCUUGUGUAAGUUUCUCCAAAAGAAAAGAGUAAGUCAGACCACUAUGUACAGCUUCAUGCACCUCAGCUUCCAGGAGUUUUUCACAGCCCUCUCAUACAUGUCACUGGGUGAUGAGGAAGCUCAGGAGAAAGUGAGAGAGCUACUUUCCAAGGUUCAAUGUGGGAAAAAAAACAGUCACCUGCUACCCAUAGUUCAAUUUCUCUUCGGCAUCGUAAACAAGGAAGUGGGAAAACGGCUCGAGGAUAAAAAAUACAUCUCUUGUUCUCAAGGAAUUUGGACCCAGCUCAAACAUUUUAUUCUGGAAGUCAUUGAAAAAGGAAAGGAGGAUCGAAACGCCAUUGAUUAUCACAUUUCAUCAAUGUGGCUUUUUGCGUUUCACUGUCUAUAUGAACUACAUGUAGAUGAUUUUGUAAAGAAAGCCAUGAAUACAUACACAGAAUUUAAUCUGACUCACAUUCCCCUGACAAAAACAGACUGUUGGGUGCUGAAGUACUGCUUUCAGCAUUGCACGUGCAUUCAAACACUCAUUCUCAACUGGUGCAAGUUAUCUGCAGAGAAGAUAAAAAUCCUUCUGCCAGCAUUGGAAAAAUGUCAACAUCUCGAGUUGCAGGUGGACGACCUAGCCGAUGAUGAUUUAGAUGGUCUGUUGACAGCGCUGGGAGAAGGAAAGAGUUUGGAGCUGGAUCUGACAGAGAACAACUUCUCUGAUGAGAAAGUGCAGAACUUGCUUGUUGCUCUGACUAAACACAAACCCAGAAACAUUGACAUUGGAGUGAAGUCCAUCACCAGCAAUACAGCUGACAAAUUCAUGUUCCUCAUCAAUAAGGCACAUGGAGACUUGGAAAGCAUAGGGCUUCAUUGUUGUGAGAAUGUUACAUUGGAAGCCAAUCUACAGAAAAAUGGAGUCAAUGGGACUCUCCAAACUUCUCUUUGGUUAAAAGUGUCUGACAUGAAAAUGAUCUGUGACUGUAUCAGGGCAUCUGGCUACAGUUUGAGUGAAAUAGACUUGUCUGUGAGCUAUGUGGCUGACCUAUUAGACACUGACGUGGAUGACCUGAGUGCAAUCAUCCACCCUGUAGACAAGUUAAGGCUCAGGUUUCAACACAAAGAUUUAUAUGGACAGGACGCAGUGAGUGAAGGUUUACACUCCCAGAUAUCACUCAGAGGGCUUGAAAUAACCCUCUGUGGCGGUCCCGUAUUCGACUGGAGAAAAUUAUUUCAGCUCGUUCACACUCUGGAGCAACAUCCAGAUUGGGAUGAGCAUGUUGAAGCACUGAUCUCGCUGCUACACUCUCAAACCUCUCUGGAGGACAUCAGUCUGUUUGUGAGCCGCUUGACAGAGAGGUGUGCUACCAGUGUAAUCAGUCUCAGCCAGGCCUGCCCAAACCUGCGGAUGAUAUCCCUUCAUGUAGUUGAACACGGUUUGUUAUUGGAGGAGGUAUUACAACUCUUACGUGCAUCAAAGAGGCACCCAGAUUGCCGGGUACUUGUCGCCGGGUGGAGAUGCAGGAAACCUGCUGACCAGUGCACAGGCCGGAAGGACUGGAGUCUCUGUUGUGAUGACUCUGUUAGGCUCAAUCUACAUGGAGAAACAUUCACAGAGAAUGUGAUAAGGCAUGGGAAGAAAAGUGACAGGCCUAGUUAUCACCCUAAUCGUAAUAAAUGGUGUGUUGUUGCCUAGUGACCAUGAUGAAGACAACAGAGAUGGUGUGUUGUUGCCUAGUGACCACGAUGAAGACAACAGAGAUGGUGUGUUGUUGCAUAGUGACCACGAUGAAGACAACAGAGAGGGUGUGUUGUUGCCUAGUGACCACGAUGAAGACAGCAGAGAGGGUGUGUUGUUGCCUAGUGACCAUGAUGAAGACAACAGAGAUGGUGUGUUGUUGCCUAGUGACCACGAUGAAGACAACAGAGAGGGUGUUGUUGCCUAGUGACCACGAUGAAGACAACAGAGAGGGUGUGUUGUUGCAUAGUGACAAGACUUUAGCAUAUAGACUGCUACACCGCCCAAGUUGAAUCAAUCCCCUGCUCUUGCUCUCUCUAAGUCUCUCUGUCACCCUUCCCUCUCUCUCUCUGUGACACCCUUACACACGUUUGAAUCUGACCUGUGCCAAUCAUGGUCCAUAGGGUUCUGUUAAAAAAACAAUAGGGUGCCAUUUGGGACCCGUGUUUGUACUGGUUAGCAUUUCAUAUAUUUAAUCUUACUCUGUCUCUAAAAAUGAAAAAAGGAGGUUUUAUCCUUGUUCUUAUGAAAGCUGUGUCUUUUUAUUUUUUGUAAUACUGUGGAAAAAUAAUGACAUACAAUUUGAAAAAAUAUUGAAUAAAAAUAAAAAUGAAAACACA